AUGUCCUUGGACAAUAUCCCCGACGAACUCUUGCCGCUGAUUGCGCAAUACCUUGAGCCGGAUGAACUCUACUCGUGGACGUUGACUGCGAGACGAUUUUAUGUCGUGCUGAUCGCAGAACUUUACUCUAUCGCUGUGUCUCGCGACGAGGAAGAGCUUGGAUGGUCGGUUUCCCUGAUCCUGGCGGCGGCGUCGAACCAAAACAGCGCGUUCAAAGCGUUGCUGAAACGGACCAAGCAAAUCAACGGGGCCAAUAUCAACGUUGAUCUGCUCCCAGGGGAUCAUGACUGGCUGGCCUUAAAGCGUAAGAUCAUCUGGGCGACCGUUCAUACCUCUCUGCUGCACGUGGUGUGCCAUCUCGGCAACGACGACAUGAUCCGUCUGGUGAUGGCCCAUGGCGCCGAUUCUUCCGUCUGCGACUCGUCGGGUUGGACGCCGUUGCAUCUGGCAGCCAUGUGGGACAAUGCCACCGCGACGCGGUCGCUGAUAGCCAGCGGCGCAGAUGUCAAUAUAGCGACCCGGGGUGGUGGCGAGUAUCACGAGUUGCCGUCCAGGGCCUUGCAUCACGCGAUUAUGGCGCGCCAUCCGAGAAUUUGGAAACUACUUCUCGAAGCAGGUGCCGAUCCCUCCGCAGAAUACGACGAGUCAGAAGACUCUCUUUGUCUCGCAGCCCAAUAUGGAGAUGUGGCCCUCGUGCGUCACCUUCUUGCCGGCUAUGAUUUCGCUCACCAGUCCGUAACGAACGCCCUAUCUUACGCUGCCAGAAACGAUGAUCCCUUGGUAGGGAAUGCACUUCUCAAUGCGGGGGCUGCUGUUUCCGACGUUGCAUUAUUCCAGGCAGCACGCUCUGAUAAUAUCCCUAUGAUCAAACUCCUUAUUGACGCCGGAACUGAUGUUACUGUGUUGGACAGCAUGGGAUAUAAUGUUCUAUACAAUGUGCAGAGCGCCGCAGCUGCCCAGUUGGUUUUGAAUGAAGCUCCUGGUUUAGCCACUUCCUCUAUCCUGCAUAGCUAUACGCUGCUGGACCGGCUGUAUAGGGACGACAAUCUUGUUCACCGAGCCAGAGACUGCAAGACUGUACCCUUAGCAUUACUGCUCAUUCAAAAAGGCAGCAGAGUCUCGGUUUCAGACAGCUAUCCUCACAGAAAUGCGUUUCAUGCAGCAGCGCAGGUCGGACAUAUAACUGUCGUCAAUGCAAUUCUGGAGCGACAAGGGUCAGUCGUUACUUCAAGAGAUUCUGACGGCAGCACUGCGUUACAUCAGGCUGCAAUUCCAUCAUCUGCAGGCAAAUUAAGCUGUGUUAAGGCUCUGGUGGAGUUUGGCAGUGAUGUACACGCCCUGACCGACGAACGACGAUCAGCACUACAUCAUGCGUAUGGCAAGCCACAGUGGGGAAUGGAUGUGCCUGAUUCGGAAAUCGAGGCUGUCACGAAGUAUCUCAUUGAAGCUGGGGUCGAUACGUCGAUUCAAUCGCUUGAUGGGAAUACAGCACUUCAUGAAGCCUUAACUCAUGAUCAGCCCACAUCGGCACUGAUCCUUCUUGAUGCAGGUGUUAAUAUAUCCGCAGUGAAUCGCUUUGGGGAGACAGCACUACAUCUCGCAGCUGAAAAGGGAUAUGUUGAGGUGUUCAAGAGGCUUAUCAAAAAGGACGGUAGUAUCUCUGCCCGCACUGCAAAAGGAGACACUGUGCUGCACCUUGCAGCACGUGAAGGAGCCCGCAGGCACAAUUCCAUUGAGGGGUACGUGAAAAUGGUGGCGUGUAUCCUACUUGGUCACGACAAUAUUUCCGUUCAAGCAGUUGGGGGCCAAGUAGGAUUGGAACCUCUGUCCAAGACAGGGCAUAUGGAAAUAAUCCGACUUUUUUGCAACGAGGCAGGGCAGGAUGUCCUGCUUCAAAACAACAAGGGAUUUACUGCCUGGGACAUAGUAAAACAAAGAGCCCAGGAGGUGGCAUGGUCUUCACUUGAGCCCACCCUGGGAAGUACAAGACCACUAGAUGCCGAAAUCGAUGAGACAGCCGGGUUGGACGGUCUUGGGGAUUUGUUUGGUGCCUGAUCAACAAACCUAGACAUCUAGUUGAGCAGAUGACCAAAUUGACUCUACUGGC